GUGCGCGCGUUCGCUCACGGGGCACGAGGCGGGCGGUGAGGAUCAUGUGUAGUCCACGCGCAGAAAGUAGGUUACAGGGAGCAGCAGAUCUGUGAAGACUCGCAGGAGGAGAAGCUGCUCGUGUUUGCUCCAGCGUCAUCGGAGGGAAUACGCUAGAAAACCACAGAGACGUUUCCUUCAGAAAGGGAGGCUCACUCCUAUGCAGACUCCUGUUUGUGACAGUUUUGUUUGUGCGUCGCUUUGGAGCGAAUAACUGCGCCCUUCCCUGCGCUCGUUGCUUUCUUUUCCGCGCAGAGUUCCAUGUUCCGAAGAGUUGGUUGAACUUCCCAGCCGAGAAGAUGAGAGCUCAGAUAGAAGUAAUCCCGUGUAAAAUCUGUGGGGACAAGUCUUCAGGGAUUCACUAUGGUGUCAUCACCUGUGAAGGCUGUAAGGGCUUCUUUCGACGCAGUCAGCAGAACAAUGCUAUGUACUCUUGCUCACGACAAAGGAACUGCCUUAUUGACCGGACGAACCGGAACCGAUGCCAGCACUGCAGGCUGCAGAAGUGUCUGGCUCUGGGCAUGAGCCGCGAUGCUGUGAAAUUUGGCCGCAUGUCCAAAAAGCAGCGAGAUAGCCUGUAUGCUGAGGUCCAGAAACACCGGCAGUCCCAGGAGUGUGCCGGGGUCGGCGCACGUGAGGAGAAUGCUGACCUGGCUGACCACGGCCGCAACUGCAGAAGAGGCUCCAACACCACGCUCAGCGACCUAGACGAUAUCCCCACACUGCCAGGAGGCCUGCUUUUUGACCUGCCCCUGACCCCGGGGGAUCAAGGUGAAUACUGCAACCUGGACAUGCUGGACGGGAGCGCCGGCAGCAGCUCUUCCUUGCAAAGCUCACCAGAGCAGACCAACUUGGACUUUGUUGAUGGAAACCAAAGCAUCAAGCACGAGUACCAGCUGCUGCACGAUUCUGGACUCUUCUCACACGCAAUCCUUAACCCGGUACCAGAAGGCUGCUCCCAGAUGGAAAUAGAACGCAUAACUCAGAACGUGGUGAAGUCCCACAUUGAAACAAGUCAGUUCAGCACGGAGGAGCUGAGGAGAUUGGCCUGGACCUUCUACAAUCCAGAGGAGACGCACUCAUACAUCAGCAGGUCUGCAGAGACGAUGUGGCAGAAGUGCGCUGUUCAGAUCACCAAUGCGAUCCAGUACAUAGUGGAGUUUGCCAAGCGCAUAUCUGGAUUCAUGGACCUUUGUCAGAACGAUCAGAUCAUCCUCCUGAAAGCAGGGUGCAUGGAUGUUCUUCUGAUCCGGAUGUGUCGCGCCUACAACCCCAUCAAUAAUACCUUGUUCUUCGAUGGGAAGUUUGCCGGCGCCCAGCUUUUCAAAGCUCUGGGCUGCGACGACCUGGUGAGCGCCAUUUUCGAGCUGGCGAAGAGCCUGAGCCGCAUACAGAUGACAGAGGAAGAAAUGGCUCUCUUCAGCGCUGCAGUGCUGCUCUCGCCCGACCGGCCGUGGCUGACUGACGUCCAGAAGGUUCAAAAGUUGCAGAAGAAGGUUUACGUAGCUCUUCAGCGCUGCCUGCAGAAUAAAGGAGCGUCUGAGGAGAAGCUGGCCAAGAUGGUGUCCAAACUGCCCCUAAUGAGGUCGAUUUGCAACCUUCACAUUGACAAACUGGAGUUUUUCCGUCUGGUCCACCCUGAGACCGCCUACAGCUUUCCCCCUCUGUACCGAGAGGUUUUCAGCAGCGAGAUUCCCUUCCCGGACUCCACAGAGGGCUAAGCACGGCUGUCAGUGGAGUGCUAAUGUAGAGGCGUAUUUAGAUGAAGGCAAAAAGGUGCCGACCAGCUUUGGCAGAAACAAUCAGCAGCCAAGCGACAAUCCUGCAAGGAUCCGUGGCCCCGGCCCCAGGCCUCGCCCCCAGCUUCACGGCUUCCCUGAAAUCCGUCCAACAGCUGUCAGUGGCUGCUGGCUUGUCCCUGCAUGCUACCUGCUUUAAGAAGGUACAAAAACAAAUGCCCAACUAAUUUGUAUUGAAAGGACUUUUCCGGAAGACGCCUCAGAAGAAUUGAAUUGUUGAAUGUAAGCCAGCGCAGCUGAAGGUUCGAUGCCGAAUGUAUCCGCCUGAAACCCUCAGCGCGCUCUGUGGAUGUUACCAGUCACGUUGCCUGUCGUGGUGGUUGGUUUAGCAGCGUGAAUGUGGUAGCAGCCGUAGUUUUCUGUUUUGUGACAUGUGAACAAACAGCUUAAAGGGACCACGAUCAAGCAGGCGAGCUGAGAGGGUUUCAGACGUGAGAGUCACGAGUUCAGCAAACCAAUGAAUGUCGGGUCGCUCUGCCACCGAACCCUCAAGUACUGAUGUAACUCCUUUCUCUUUGUUUUUCUUAUGCAAUCAGUGACCUCAGUCCAACUACCUUUUACCUUUCAGAAGACACUCAGAGCGACAGCAGUGCAGACAUGUUUUUAGAUCUGUCUUUAUACAUACAUACAUAUAUUUAUAUAUAGAAGCAUCCAUAUGGUUUCUUAAAACAAGAGUAGUAAUGAUGUUAUUCCUGUGAGAAGUGGAGCGUUCUGUUCAUCCUGUCCAAAAUUUGGGCUUCAGGGUCAAAAUGAUUGUAACUGAAAUAACAGUUUUUAUUUUCCAUUUUUCUGUCUCACACAUAUGAGACUUUCUGAUCGACCCCCCCUCCCUCAAUUUGAAAACAGUCUAUCAGCAGAACUUGGAUCUGUGAAACCAAACCCUCUCCUGACUCACUGGAAGGUGCAGCAGUGCUCAGGUCCCCCCCCCUUCCCCCCCACUACCUCACUGUUUUUGAACACUACAUGACGCAACACAAAGGUGACAGAGAAGUCAGCUACCCCCCUGAGAUCAGGCUCUGCAAAUACAGAACAAUCAGAGGUGAAAGCUCAAAGGCCAGUGAUAACCACUCUAAAUAUAUGGGGGGGUGGGGGGUGGGGGGUGGGGGUCUUUUGGAUCUCACCGAUCAGUCCAGACUCGGAUCAGAUGUACUCUGAAGAAAAGAGAUACAGAAAGGUGCUCCACUGGAUGAUUUAUAUACAUAUAUAUAUUUGGUCGACAGCUGAAUGUGGGUGGAGUCAGCUCUGCUGGAACAGUGCUGUUUCACUCCGCCUUCUCACGCUGAGAAGGUGGAGCCGCCCUGGCGUUGACUUCGGAUAGUGGCAUUGAGGGACUGUGCAAUAACGUUUUCCCGGCGCUCCUGGCACGUUGGUGGUUUGACCGCCGCUGCAGCACUAAAACCAGACGGUACCAAAAAUUCAGUCAGAAGCGGCACUUUCUGAUGAGGAAACUUUGAGCGCCGGUUCGAUCGGCACUUUUGGCGCCGAGCUCAGAGGCGCUCGGGGAGAUAGCUGGGCUCUCUGUCAGCACAACACUGAAGACCUUCAAGGCUUUGAUCACUGUGUACAGUUCAUGUUAUUGUGAAUGUUUUUGGACGUGUUUCCUCCUGGCGCUCAUGCAGGAUCCUCUUUGAGUUUGAGUCAUAGCUUCAUUAGGAUCUAAAUUAAUAUAUAAAAGAUGAAAUGUAAUCUUUGAAUUUUGUGUUGGUGUGAUUCAUCGUUUCAAAAUUUUCACCCUUUUAUGCACUGUUUUUGUUUUGUUUCUUUUCUCGUCUGUUUAGUGUCCUUUUUGUCCGGCAGAGAUGUAACUAUUUUUUUUAAAAGGUGUCUCACUAAAAGUUUCUCUUAUGUCAUGAUCCUUCUCUCUGUGACCUUUCUACUUUAUUUUAAGACAGUUCUUUGAAAUCAGUGUAGAUUUUAACAUGAAAUAAUUUAUGACAGGGUGAUGAAGAUCAAGAGGUUUUAACACAGUGAUGUGUUAUUAUUGCACAAUGGUGAUUCUGUCUGUGGUUGAAGAAUGUAAUAAAGUCUUUUUACAGUUGUAAUGAA